ACAGUUGACAUUCUAUUUUCAAUCAUAUUUUACAACAAAAAUAUUUCUUUCACAAAAAAUAUGAUUUCAAAAUUUAAGUGUAAAUGUAAAUAACCAUUAAAUAUUAAAUAACCAACCAAAAUUUCCAGUGAACAUUUAUUUUAUAUUGCGUGGAAGAGUCCAGAACUUGGUUCAAAAUGAGGCCGUUACUCGGUGUUCCUUUUAAAUAUUCCAUCAAGUUUCUCAGCAGUAACAUUGUGUCUGUCAGGCGACCCGACGUCUCAUACUUCGGUCAUCUUCGUAAUAAGUCUGACAAAUGCUGUAAAGAUGUCUCCCAAACUGAAGGCAAGAAGGUGGAGGUUUGGCCGCGACCCGAGGGAACCCUAAAAGGAUACAAAAUGAACAGAAGCUCCACACCAGAAGACCAGCCACCCAAUUAUGACCCUUACAGGAUAAAGAUGCCAAAUGUGGUUGUACCACCGUUGCCCCCAAGCAAUGCUAAGCCGGCCAUAGAGUGCGCUCGGACGAAGGGUCCGUGCGCCGCCCCCCCGCACGACACGCCCCCCCCCUGCCCCCCGCCGCCGAGGAAACAGUUCCCGUGGCGAUACUUGUUGCCGCCACUGCUGUUCGCCGCUUUUAUGGGACUUCUGUACAAAUUUAUUCUCUGGAGGAAUAAAGUGAUAAAGGAGCAAGAGUACCAGGCGGGCCAGAUUUCAGGGUGCGUCAAGACUAAGAUGCGUCCGCCGACGCCGGCCGAGGACCUGCCGGCGUGUGUGCAGUACCUCAUCAUAGGGGCAGGCACCGCCGGCUGGGCCGCCUACCAGGCUAUCAGGAAACACGAUCCUACUGCCAAGGUAUUCUUCGUGACAAGAGAGAACACGUACCCCUACGACCUGCCCCCGCUGUCCAAGUACAUGUGGUUCAACCCGGGCCCGCCCGACAUUACCGCUCUCAACUACACUGUCAACGGCAAGCAAGAGUCUAUGUACACAUGCGACUGCAAAGACUUCCUGGACCCGGCCCGCUUCGCCCGCCACAAGGGCCCGGCGGUGUCCAUCGCGCUGGGCUGCGCGGCCGCCGCCGUUGAUGCGGACGAGCACGUGGCCACCGUGAAGACCGGCGCGGGGGAGAGACAGGUCUACUACGAGCGCUGUCUGCUGGCGCCGGGUUCCAAACCUCGCCAAAUGGAAGUGUUCAAGAGCGCACCAAGAGACGUGCGCAACAAGGUCACAUAUCUCAGGACGAUCAAAGACUUCGACGCCGCGUACAAACGAGUGAAGAGGGCCAAGCACGUGACUGUAGUCGGAGGAGGGAUACUAGGCAGCGAACUGGCCUACUACCUCGGGGCUAGCCACGAGCAGCAGGGCAGUUCCGUCACUUCAUUCACUGAUGAUGAUGAAGAUUCGAAGACGGAAUUUCUACACAUAUUUAAGGAUAAAGGCAUACUGAGCGGCAUAAUACCCGAGUAUUUGAGCGAGUGGGCGGCCGAGCGAAUCAAGUGUCCCCAUGUCAAGACUAAACCACUGACGCAAGUGUACGACGCCUACCCGACGGAGGACGGCCGCGUAGAGCUAGCCUUGUCCGACGGAACCACUGUCAUUACUGACCACAUAUUCGCGUCCGUGGGCCACGUGCCCCGGACGGAGGUGGCGGCGGCGUCAGGGCUGGAGGUCGGCCCGGACGGCGGCAUCCUGGUCAACGCAGAGAUGAUGGCCCGGACGCACCUGUUCGUUGCCGGUGACGCAGCCAGCUACUACAACCAGAAGAAAGAUAUGAGGAUGAGGUGCGAACACUACGACAACGCCUUGCAAUCCGGAGCCGUGGCGGGCGCGAACAUGACGGGCUACUGGACCGUCAACAACGCCGAGAGCCACUGGUGGUUCAAGCUCGGAGACCACCUCAAAAUGGAGGUGAUAGGCGAUGUGGGCGCGUGCAUGCCGACGAUCGGCAUCUGGAAACAGUGCGAGAGCGAAGAGAGAGACAGCGAUACUGACGACAAACCAACAGACAAGGCGCAGACGCACAGAGCUUGUUACCAAGAUCCGAAUUACGAAGCGAGAUAUGAAAAAGGCAUAAUAUUCUACCUUGAAGAGGAGACUAUAGUGGGUGUAGCGCUGUGGAACAUCCCGCCCAUAGACAACCGUCGCGACGUCGUCACUGAGAUCCUGCAGUCCAGACCCUCGUACAAGGACAUAAGCGACAUAGCGGACACCCUCGGCUUCCCGGCGGCCGAAUGUUCGGUCUACGAGCGCCGCGGCGGCGCGGAGCGGGGCGGCGGCGGCGGCGACCAGGCCACCGCCGACCAACAGAUCUGUAUCACGAAUAAGAAAGUUUGGUGAGGUGCGUUUGUGUACCGCGGCGAAGCACAGCACAAGUAUGAAGUAUGCAGGGGGCAAGACAUUGAUCGGCCAACAAAAUGUUAUGUUUAAAAUGUGAAAUCAGUUUUUCGAAAAAAACCUCUUUUCUGUAAAGCUGAGUAAAAAAACAAUUAAAAAUGAAAA